GGGGUGUGGUAUGAGAGCUACACAUAUGUUCUGUAGAGACAAGCAGCACAGACCGCUUAGUAAAAUGUAUGGACAAAACUCAGGCUAUGGAACAGGUCCACGCAGACAAAGUUCGAAUUCUGGAUCUCAGAGUAGAUAUCCACAUGGAAGCGAUUUCAGCACCGGAAGAAUGGAAGAUCAGCAGGAUCAGCUCCAGGACUCAGACCAACAGUUCAAUAAUCCUACACAGGAACCAACCCCACCGGUACCCCAGGAACCCCAGUACAAUGGCAGCUUUGUAGUUAUUCCACCGAAUCAAGCAAAAAGAAACAAACUUCUGACAAUGGCUAAUAAAGAAGAAGAGGAAUAUAAUAAUUAUGUGGAAUCUCGGAGGUCCGUACCAAUACAGCUUACCCCAAAAAAGCUAGGAGGAGACACAUCCGUGACAAAAGCAAGAGCGCAGCAGCAAAUAACACAGUCGCAGUCAAAAUAUCAAAAACAGUUCAAGAGAGAUGAAUACAAAAGGAGACAACGGGAGGAAGAAGAAGCUGAAAUACAGAAGAAGAAAGACAUUCAAAGAAAAAAGGCAGAGAAACUAGAAGAAAAAAGGCACCUAGAGGAAAUAGAGAGAAGAGAAAGAUGGCAUACACACAGGGCAAUGAAAAAUAGUGAAUUUCUUGACCAACUUUCACAGCCUGCAAAUAGUUCCUCCUACAACAGCUAUGAGAGAACACCAAGUGCAUGGGAAAGAAGCCCAUCUGGUAAAGAACAAGACUGGAACAAUUAUACCGACCAGGAUGAAGAAAGCAUGUUACAGCUAGCACUGAAAGAAUCUAUGAAAACGAAAAUGGAAGAAGAUCAGAAGAGGCAAACGCUAAAAACACAACAACCUUAUCAGGCAAAGAGUGCAAGUGAUGAAGAAGAACAAGAUUGGUCACCUUGUAAUCCUGGAAUGAAAGAAUAUACAGCAAGUCAGCAAUUUUACAAACAGCUAAGGGAGGAAGAAGAAGAAAGAAAAUGGCAACAAAUGGAGGAAGAACAUUGUAGAAAGAAAAUAGAGGAAGAGCGAAGGAGACAGCAGGUGGAAAAGACAGAAACUUUUCAGGCAAGUAAGCAGUCUUACAGAUCUUACAAGCAACAGCAAAAGGAGGAAGAAGAAAGAAAACUGCAGGAGAUGAAGGAAGAACAGCGCAGAAAGAGCGAGAUGUUAGAAGUGAAGAAAGCAGAGGAAGAAAAGGAAGGAAAACUGUCUCAACAGGAAGAACGUAGAAGAGUAAACAAUGCUUUUCUGGAUAAACUCCAAAGACUUAGCACUAAAAAAGAAGAAUAUUCUGGGGAGUCAAACACAUGGGCUUAAAGUUCACUUGUGGAGAAAUCAAGCUACAGCCAAGUGUAAUUAAAUUCUCAACAAAUAACCUAAAGAGAUCCGGAGCUGUUGACAUGAGACACUUCAAUUAAAUGAAAACAUUGAA